AUGAGUAGUUGCAAAACCAUGUUCUGUUCAUCCCUCUCUUCCUCCUUCAAAUUCAAAUCCAAAUCCAAAUCCACUCUCUCUCUUCUUCCUCCUGCUUCUUCUCUCCCCCACCACCAAUCCACCUCACGAUGCUACACUCCAUCUCAAACCGCCGUCGUUUCAUCCACAGAAGACCCACAAAUAGAACAGCCGCAAUCGAAGGACAAAAUCCAAAACAUCCUCACCAACGACAACGGAGUCACCUCAGCCAUGAAAAUGCAACGAAAGCCUCUUCUUCACGAGCCUCAUUCUCGGUGGUUCCCUUACCUAGACAGUUUCAGGUGCGGGAACGGUUACGAACUUACCAGCAACGAAGUUAUUGAAGCUGUUAGUCCCUGUGUUUCGAAGUCGAGGAAAGAAAGGUUCGGGAACGCGGCUCGGAACCGAAGCUACUCGGUUUGUCUUGUGGUGGAAGGGUUGUGUGAUUUUGGUAAUGUUUCGGCUGCUUUUCGAUCUGCUGAUGCUCUUGGUGUUCAGUCUGUUCAUGUUGUUUCUAGUGAAGCUAACAAAAGGUACAAGGACAAUCGUCAUGUAAGCAUGGGUGCAGAGAAAUGGUUGGACAUCGAGCUGUGGGACUCUACGAAGGAGUGCUUUGAAACGUUGAAAUCACGCGGUUAUAGAAUUGCCACGACUCAUGUUGGAAUAGAUGCGGUUUCUAUUUAUGACAUGGACUGGUCUUGUCCAACUGCAAUAGUAGUCGGGAACGAAAAUAGGGGUAUUAGCGAUGAGGCUUUGGCAAUGUCAGAUUUACACUGCAGUAUUCCAAUGAAAGGGAUGGUGGACUCUUUCAAUGUUUCAGUUGCUGCAGGAAUUCUCAUGCACCAUGCUGUUUGUGAUAGAAUCUCUCGAACGGGCCAGCAUGGCGAUUUGACAGUAGAAGAAAGACAAAUUCUACUAGCAGAGUUUUCACUGCGUCAUAGCAAUAGCGUGAUAAGUGUUGUUGAAGAUUAUGCAAAACGCAAGGCAGCAUUAUUGACCUAG